CUCUUCUUCUCUUCAAAGUUGUAGUUACGCAUUCAACUUCCCAGUCUCCCGCUUCACUUCUUCAUCUCUCGAAAUUCAGUAGAAUCACUCUAUUUCUCAGGCGAAGCAACUAACGAUUUCUAUCUCAUUUUUCUUGACUCCAACCUGGUUUUUUGCUUUAGCAAARUUUUCAUCUUUUUAAGUAAAUAAUUAGUACCUGCAAUUCUUUUUCGGACUCCCUGCUGUUGUAUAUGUUGUAGAAAUGGCGUCUCUAGCACCAACUUGGCUUUAUCAAGAUAGAGGACCUAAGGGUUUGGCGUCUAAUGAUGGAUUUCUUAUUGGGAAGUCAUGUUUAAAUUCCCAGACAUCUUUUGUAGGUUCAUUUACAGCAGGAAAGGUGCAACUUAAGAUUGCAUUGAACAGUAAUCCAUUUAUAAGGAAGACCACUUUACUUCCUUUUAUCAAGUGUGCAAAGAAGGAUGGUUCCUUUGACCCGUUAUCUGUUGAGCGUCCACCAUACUAUAGUUAUAUGGACUCCACAUCUGGGCAGCUUGAACCAGCGUCUGGUGCUCGUGCAAGCAUUCCUGGGCAGGAUUAUUGGCCUGAAGGCACAGUGAGUCGGGUCAGAGCUGCCAGGGCUCCUGAGCCAACCGGAAAGUCCAUAACUGCAUCAUCAUUUGGGAAACAUCCUGGAAGCAGAAGGAAGAAGUAUAAAGCAUCCGUAGGCACUGUAGAAUCUUCAGAAUUGAGUGUAGAUUCAAGUGAUCCAGCAAUGCUUGAAACUUCUGAUGAUGUUUCGGAGGAGACUAAAGACCCAUCCUCAGAAUAUGUUGUUUAUCAAACGGAGCCUGAGGAAGAGAGCAUCGAUGAUUAUGAAUUAGACAAGAAAUAUGGACACCCUCACCCUUUUGUUGAUCCAAAGGUUAAGAAACCAAUCGAGGAGACACUUUCAAGUGAAGAACUAUGGUGGAACUGGAGAAAGCCAGAUAAGGAACAAUGGUCAAGGUGGCAAAGGAGAAAACCAGAUGUUGAAACGGUAUUUCUUAAAGCUAUGGCAGAGACUGGGCAAGUAAAGCUUUAUGGAGACCAACCAACACUGACUGAGACCUCUCUUUACAGGGCAAGGCGGCAUCUAUUUAAAGAGGAAAGACUACAAUCUGAACAAGAGAGACUGGAAAGAAUAGGACCAAUAGCAUACUAUUCAGAAUGGGUUAAAGCAUGGAAGAAGGAUACAUCACAGGAGGCUGUGCAAAAACAUUUUGAAGAGACUGGUGAAGAUGAGAACACCCAACUUAUUAAUAUGUUUCAGAAUCAAACAGCUGCAGAAUAUCGUAUCAUGAUGGGAACAGAUGUCCGUAUCCGCCGGGAUCCUUUAGCAAUGCGAAUGCGAGAAGAUCAAAUAAAAGAAAUAUGGGGUGGAGAUCCAGUUUAUCCUACUGUGAAUUACAUUCAAGAUCCAAAUGAAGUGAUUGAUUACAGGGGUCCGGAUUUCCAUGAGCCAACACCCAACAUGCUGUCUUAUCUUAUGGAGCAUGGAAAAAUUACGCCAAGGCCAGAACUUGAGAAAAUUCUUGCCAAACAGAAGACUGAAGAACUUGAGAUGACAGAUAUGGAUGAAGCUAUGGCACGAGCAGUUGAUAUAGGUGAAAAUGAUGAUGGAGAGGAGAGUGAUAUUGAAGGAGAAGAUGAAGUAGAAGAGAAAAUUACACGCAAUUGGAGUGUUUUGAAAAGUACUCCUGAGCUCCACAAAUCAAAGGAGAAACCAAAGAGAAAAGAUUCGAUGAGUCUUGAGGAGGCUAUUGAUGACUCAGAGAACCUUACUGAUUUUCUCAUGGACUUUGAUGAAGAGGAGUAAUUUCUUUCAGCUCAGCAACUAAACUUCCCAAAGUAAGCAUUUUCUACUCAGACAAGCUGAAGAUUUUUCCACACCGGGGGUUUAUCUGAGCAGGUAUAGUGAUGAAGUUUGAAGUUGUAGAUGUAAGAUUCCAAUUAGGAUUAUAGUAUAUCAUUGUGUCAUGGGUCUAUCUUAGUUCUAAGAUGUGAGCAGACUAAACUCAAUUUUGACAAGGAUGCACUAUUCCGAUUAGGAUUAUAGUGUAUCCUUGUGUCAUGGGUCUGUCUUAGUUCUAAGAUGUGAGCAGACUAAACUCAAUUUAUCCAAGGAUGCACUCAGAUGCCUAUUAUACAAACUCCAACAUGCAUGUGAAUCUAAAUGUAGAGAAUCAAGGCUCCUGCGGUUCCACUGGA